GGUCACGUGGCCAUGCGUAAUAUCCAAACUGUGAAGUUCCCAGGCAAGAUGUGUGCUUGACAAACAUUGGGCGCAAGAGAGAGGAAGAGGUUACAAUAUACAACACAACACAACACAAAACAACAAAACCGUCACAAUCGCAGAAGAUGCCCCCACGUGGCUUCACGAAUCCAGCUCCGAAAACUGAAAGUGCUCGUGAGGCUGUCAAAUCUUUCUAUUGCGAACUAUGCAGCAAAGGCUACGCUCGAAUGAACGAGUAUGAAGCUCAUCUUUCUUCAUACGACCACUCUCAUAAACAACGUCUUAAGGACAUGCGACAAUUAACACGCGAUCCGAUGGCCUCUAGCAAAGCUCGAAAGGCAGAAGCGAAAGCGAACUCACAGUCUGGUUUGAUAUCAAUAAAGUUGGGCGGAGAAGCAAGCUCAAGUACUGGAACUACUGCUGGAGGUUUCAAGAAAGGAGGUUUCAAGAAGUCGGGAUUUAAAAGUGCUUUUGCCCCGGUUGACGGGGAUGGAGCUGAUGCACCCGUGAAGGAUGAAAUCGAAGAAAAGAUUGAAGUGGGCAGAAGUCUUGGAGUCAAGGAAGAUGGCUUAGAAAGCGAUACCGAUGAUGAACAAUACGGUUAUGAGAUGUACGACCCGAGAUAUCCUACUGAUUGAAAAACCCCGGAUGUUGAAGACUUGUAUCCAUACGAGCUAAAGCUUCGAGAUCAGCAUAGUCCGAAGGCCCGGACCCUUUCAUAAAACUCGCAUAGCUUUUUCUUGCAUGAAAGUUCUGAUGGAAGAGUUCGGGCAUCCUACACCAGCAUUAAAGCAUUGAUUCUAUGCACCCCGACGAAAAGAGGUGAACAUCCAUGGCCAUAUUUAUGCAGAUCAAUGUCAGCAUUUUCUAAAUUAGAAAGUGCCAAAUAGCCAGAAAACAUAACUACCUACUGUAUGUUGGAAAAGCCGGUAUCUUUUCCCAACGAGAAGAUUAGUAGUUGACCUCCAACAACGAUUCCCUGAUUCUGGUAUCGAAACGCUGCAGCGAUGUGCGAAAAGUUGUGAGUAUUCGAUGGGCCAACGAAUUAUUGGAUGGAUAUUGCGUCUCUUUAAACUUAAUAUGGCAUAUUUGUUUGAGAGCCGUUUAAUCCUCAAGCUCAACGUGGAUGAUUGUCCAUCGUGAUAAUUGGCUAUGCAAUGAACAGUACCGCGACAUCUUUUCGAGUGGUCAAAUUUGAAGAGGCUGGCAUAUAGAGCAUAGUUAGGUGACAUUCCAGGUCAAAUCGGUUGGUUCAAUGGAAAAUUAACCCAGGAAAGGAUGAUAUGCGAAGGCAUCUGGGCCAGUCAGAGCGUGAGAUUCGGACUAAAAUGAUCAGAAUGGCAAGAAUGAAUUAUACGUAGCAAAACUUUCGUCUUACUAGUCGUUGGCAAGCCUUCAGGUAUUAUGCUUGACAUUAAGAUCUUAGACUUACAUACUUUGUAUGCGAAAAAAAGUUGCGAAGGCGGUCAUGAGCUCAGCUAUAUAUGCGAUUUCCAUGUAAAGGUAGUUCCCUGCCCUUUCAGCCAAUUUAUUUGAUUGCAAUUGCUUGAAAGACACGAAUAACUUCUCGUGCGACACCUGUCCUUAGCCAUUAUAUCGAACGUCUUGGUUUAGCUUCUAGUAGCCAUAAGUCAUGAUGGAAAUAGUGAGAGUCA